AAUUCCAGUGCGAUCGAGAGAUCGUCAGUUUCGUUUUUCAAAUGUGCGGAAUCUGAAGUAUCGGAAUGUUUUUCGAAAAGUGUAAACCUCGAGGGGCAAAUUCAAAGAUGAUGUGCUUUUAUUUGGCGUUGUUAAUAUUUUUGCUCCAUCCUCAUGAGCAGGACGCUCAAUUUAAGAGACCUCCAACGGCGGCGCGUUACAAGGAGAAUAGUCCCUGCGUAGGCUUCAAAAAUAAAACACGGAACUGCCAGAGAGACUGCAAAAAUCUGGCCAAUGAAUUCAGUACGAUGAAAUCUACCUGCAAGGACAAGAUCAAGAAUACGGUCGGGAAUCUAGAUAACUUUUUCGCUGGAUUGUGUGAGGAUCUGAACGAAGGUUAUUGCAAAAGGGGUAAAUGCUACUGCCGCAGCCACGACGAUAAGUCGAUCAAGACCCAACGAUUGUCGUAUUGCAGAGAUCAGGCUAGAAGAAUCGACCAGGAAAUUUUUUUGAGGUACCAAAUUGACUUGACUUUGCCUUAGGUAGUUGAGGCUCACCGUCUCGGUAUGAUUGUAACUACAAAAAGGAUUCGUCAUCAUUCCGGUAUCUUCAGGUGAACACACUUGAUAUCUGCAAACCAUAUGCCAAACGAUCACAGGAGUAAACAAGCUGCAGGUGCCAACACCACUGUGCUGGAGAGCUCGCCCUUUGGCAAUUAUAAACAUUCUCCGUUUUUCGUUCUCAUACACUCCAUUGCUGUUAAAAGUCAAUAUUUUAUCUUUGUGGGAUUUCUUUGAGCAAACGAUAGAAAUUGAAUUUUUCUAAGCCGUGUAAUUAUUUCCAUCUCCUCCUUCCCACCUUAUUUCAUGGCCUGUUUCACCUGACUUCAACACAAUUUUCGCCUUCAAAAUUUGUGCAGGCAGAGUGAUUCACUUGGGUGUUCGAACAAUCAUCCACAGCCGUUCUCUAUACAUAUUCAUUCUGUCAGUGUAAAAUGUUAAAUUGUUUUAUACUGUGUACACGGUUAUGAAAUCACGAAAAUACAUUGAUGUUCAAAAA